AUGUCUCCCAAGCGAAGUAUCAUCGUAACCGGUGGCGCCUCAGGUAUAGGACUGGGAAUCACCCGCCAGUUCGCCCCGCAGCCGAACACCCACAUCACGAUCUUCGACAUCAAUGCGACGACGGGUGCGACCACUCUUGAGCAGCUACGCUCCGAGUUCCCCUCAUGCGGCUUCAGCUUCGAGAGAGUCGACGUUUCCAGCUGGGAGAGCCAGGCUGCGGCGUUCGAAAACGUUAUUUCCCGGCAAGGCCGCGUGGAUGUUGUCUUUGCCAAUGCGGGGAUCACGGAGAAGGGAUCUCUCCUGCCGGAGAAGGACGGGAAGUUGACGAAACCGGAGCUGACGACGAUCGAUGUUAAUUUUGUGGGUGUUUUGUAUAGUGUUAAACUAGCCCUUCACUAUAUCUCAAAGAAUGAGGCUGUCAAUGGCUCAAAGGGCAGUGUUAUCUGCACUGCGUCGAAUGCAGGUGUAUACCCCUUCCCCAUGGCCCCGUUGUAUUCUGCCUCGAAGCACGCUGUUGUCGGGUUGGUGAGGUCGUUGGCGAGGCCAUUGGAGAGGGAGCAGAUUCAAUUCAAUGGGUUCGCUCCGGCAGUUAUUGAAACGAAUAUUGCUCCGAGCUCAGACUUGUUCAAGACUAUGAUCCUAACUCCAAUGUCGACUGCACAGAGAGCUGCUGAGCAGUUUGUGAGUGAUCCUUCGCUGACAGGUAAGAUUGCGGAACUGCACGGGGAACAUGUGACAUUUGCCGAGCCUCCAGCAUAUGUGGAUGAGGAUACCAGGAAGAAUAUUGAGAAUUUCUGGUCGCUUGGAUAUGCUUAG